GCGCUCUCUCUCUCCCUCUCCCUCUCUGUGUGUGCAGUGCACUGUGCAGCUAUGCGUCGUCGCUUUGCUUCCUCUUCUUCCUCACCGCUUCUUUGGUGACAGAUCUAGCUUGGAUCCAUGGACUCCGCACAGAAGAAGGUUGGCUCCAUGGACGUGGAGAUGCCUGGUGUGGUUCCUGUGAGCGCGACGGUGGCCGCUCUUCCGGCCGCUGUCGGAUUUGUAAGCGUUUGGGCUCUCCUCACCCCCUUCGUCUUGUUCAUCUUUUACGGCGUUUGGGCGCUCUUCACCUCCGCGCUGUCCAUGUUCUUUCCGCAGAGGGACGCGGAGGCGAGCGCCCUGGACAUCGGAAUCGUGUGCUGCGCCGCACUCCAGGCGGCGGCGGUGGUGCUGGCCGUCGGCAUACCUGUGGGCCCGGCUACCCGGGCGGCGACGGCCGUUUGACGGCGUGAGGCCUACGCCGACGGGGCUAACGGGGGCCGUCGGCAUAGCUUUGCCGACUCAUCCGGGGGUUUGCAUACGUAUGCUACUAGAAAUCAAACUACUAGUAGUUGAAAAUGAGCGUGCAGCUAGCUAGCACAACACUAAAAUGAGCGUGCUAUCUUUUUUACUGUCAUGUGCGUGUGCUGAGCUUUCACUCCAUUUCUGUAAAUCUGAAAGGAAAGUAUGCAUCGCCGAAGAUGGUAUGCCCGCGCUCUCCUUCCCCAUGGUUUUGUUCUGCCCGUGAUCACUGUCACGAGAGGAGAUCAGCAGAAGCACCACGCUCGCAUAGCAGGCUAGCUAGGGAGUAGGGAGUAGCGGAGCAGCAGAGAAGAACCUCGCCACCUCUCACACCGAUCCAUCAGCGACGAUCUAGCUUGGAUCCAUGGAGUCGGCGCAGAACAAGAAGGUUGGAUCCACGGGGUCGGCGCAGAACAAGAAGGUUGGAUCCAUGGAGGUGGAGAUGCCUGGUGUGGUUCCUGUGAGCCCGACGGUGGCCGCUUGUCCGGCCGCUGUCGCACUUGUCAGCGUUUGGGCGCUCAUCACCCCCUUCUUCUUGUUCCUCUUCUACGGCGUUUGGGCGCUCCUCACCUCCGCACUGUCCAUGUUCUUUCCGCAGAAGGACGCGGAGGCGAGCGCCCUGGACAUCGGGAUCGUGUGCUGCGCCGCGCUCCAGGCGGCCGCGGCGGUGCUGGCUAUGGAGCUCCCGUGCCGCCGCGUCUGGGUCCGCUACGCCUUGGCCUAUCUCUCCCUCGCGCUCACAAUCGCCGGCCACUGGAUGUACUUCGCCCGAGCAGACUGCUACUCCAGAAUCACCUGCACCCUCGGCAUCUACGAAUGCGCUGCGGGCGACAUCAUCUGCUUCCUGGCCCUCCUCCUUGGCCCCCUCCUGGCGCUUGUGUUUCGAUUUGCCACUGGAGGGCCACUGGAUCGCACGAGGGGCGUCACAACAGCAUAAUUAGCCGACGGUCAAGGAGGAGGAGGGCCACUGGAUCGCGCGAUACAUCUGUUUCGAUUUGCGAUUUCAUUCCUUUGAUCUUAUAUGUAAUGUAAUAUAUACUUGUGCUGAACUCAACGGUCGGAUCCUGAAUGAAUUCCAAUAACGACCCUCUUAGAGACA